AUGGCUGAGACUAUCCUCAUGUGCAGCAUCUGUCCUGGGCAGCCCCAUUUCAGCGAUGUCUCUCACUUGUUGACCCAUGCUGCCUCCAAGGCUCAUCUGGCUAGCCACUUCAAGCUCAAGCUUCGCACCGACGAUCCUAACGCGAUCGAGCUUCUCAAGCAAUACGACGAUUGGUUUGACGCCAAUGGCUACGCGAAGCAGCUGUCUGCUCGCAUGGCCAGCAAAGAAUCGGACGACGCAUUGGCUUCCGCCGCUAAACAUACAAGAAACCGAGCACCCAAUGUCGAGCCUGAGGGCUCCAGUACUACUACAAUCACAACUACCCCAGUUUCUGAUUGCCUCGACCCUCGCUUGGCUGAUUCUCACAAUGACAAAGAGCAACAUGCGGAGACAACCAUCCCGCCCACUACGCCAACCCCUUUGCCUAUGGCAAACAGCAAUGUGAAAUCUCGAACGGGUCCCAUCCUCCGCUCGAUGCGAUCCUCGAAUGGCACAAAGCCAGACGGGUUGCAGCCGGUCGAUGCUUCUGGACCUACUGACGAAAACCGAUCAUUGGUUUUGCCCGUGACACCGAUACAGCGCCGAUACAAACCGGACCCCUUGGAGAGAACAUGGGUUGCUAGCAGGGAUACCCCUGAUCCUUUUAUCGAUUCUGGUGAUCAGACACAGGCAUCGGGCAACCCUGAGAUGGACAAGACUCGGGCUGAAGAAAUCGCAAGACUCAAAGGAGUUCUGUGGCCAGGUAUGGAUCUUUUUGAUUCCGCCACGCUGCAGAUGCGUCGUCGACGCAACCAGAAGAAGGAUGGUGCUGUCUUGAAGAUGAUGGAACGUACUUCUUCGCUCGUGGAGCCAACCGAACAGGUCUUUUCCCCACACGGAGGUCUGUUGAAGGAGCGUAUUAUCACGGGUAACGUGGAGGACUACAGCCCACUGAAGGGAGAGACUCCAGUUCCCAGACGAGGCAUCGCUCGUCCCAGGAGUACCCGUCUAACCAAAGCCGACCCCAACGUGCCCCGUGCUGUGGACAGAAAGCGACAGAAAGCCUACAAAGGCCGCAAGAACAUGGAAGGGGAGGCCAAAGAAGAACAAAGCUUUCUCCGUCGCUCGCGCCGUGCAGCGGACCGUACUCACUCUUAUGUUGGCGAUGAUGAAGAGUUUGGUCUUACUGUCAACACCUUUGGCAAGCGGCCCAAAGGUGGCUUCGGCAUUUUUGUUGAUCAGGAAAAGGAAGAAGAGGAUAGCAAAUCAUCCUACCCGGACCCGGGAUUCAGAACGCAGUUUGACACCUUGACCCCCACUCGCCUUGUUUUGAACGGAAAGACGAACACCGGUAGUCAUGCCUUGAGAAUUGGACACACCUCCGUUGACAAAGAGAACAUUGAGCCUAUUCUGAACCCCCAAGGCCGAAUUGGCCCCCACAGUUGGCACUCCCCAUUUGCUAAACGUAAUUUCCUUGAUGACUUUGGAUUCGACCCACCAUGCCUUCCUGAUCUUGGUGAAUACGACGGCUUUGACAAGGCUGGGUAUCGCUCCAACCCCCUGCAAGCCCCCUCGAAGCACCCUUUCUAUGACAGCCAGUGUGAAGAGGAGCAUACUGCUCAGAAUGGCUGGCUUUCAAUUGACCAGACAGUUCCAUCCGAAGAAACCAUCCCAGAAGACGAGCACCUCUUUUCUGGAUACUAUUUGACUACCGAUGCGAACUAA